AUGUCGAGCUCAGAGGCCACACCAGCGGUGCCUGGGGAUAGCCCCGCGAAGGCUCCAGCUAUCCACCCCAUCCUCCAAAAUGCCCUGCGCAUCACCCUAAGUGCGAAAGAGUACCGGGCCCUUCACGGCAUCGCAGCUAAACGCGCACCCAACGUCAAAGCGAAGCUUAUAUCGCCAUCCAGUUUUGAUGUGAUGGCUCAGUCGAAAAACCGACAUAGCGAGGCCGCUCUGCGCGCCUCGCUGCGUCUGUUUGUGGGCUCUGGCCUUGUCUUGAAGCUGCUUGAAGCUGUAAUGAGUCGGGUUCGAGGUGGCGCGGCCGAAAAAAAGCCUCGCACAGCGCUUCACCGAUCGCCAACCCUCCGUCUUUCCUUUUCCCUUUCCCUUCUACUUCUGCUCCACCGUCUCCUAUACCGGUUUCUAGUCCGACUACGAGCAAACCUGCGCACCGACGAUGCAGAGCCAUUCCGCGAGCGCAAUCCGCGUAUUUCGCGCGCGCUUACUUCGCGCUUUGCCCCGGCCGUCGGCGCAAGUCUGGCGGGCCUUGCUGUUGGUAUUAUGCCACAGGAACAACUUCGGCUUACCGGAGCCAUCUACUGGAGUGUGCGAAGCUUGGAAUUUUUAUUCAAUGCAGUGGACUCCAAAGGGCUGCUUGAUAAGCGCCCGUGGUGGUUCGGCAGCUGGCUGCUGAUGCCGGUGUCGUGCGCCCAGCUUUUCCACGCCUUUGUGUUUGAUCGCGAAACAACCCCCAAAUGGUUUGGCAAUGUCAUCAUGAGGCUCUCCCCGAGCUACAUCCCCGGUCGACCGGAGUCUCUCCCGAGCAACAUUUCCUGGCCGGAGAAGGAGCAGAUCGUGGACUCCCUGGCAUCUAUUGCGGAUCUUCGCUGGCCGGCGUUUGUGUCCCCUAUUUUACACCCAGGCGACCCUAAUACCCUUCCUUCCGCAGUGGCGGCCAUAUCCCCCAUUACAGGACCCGCGCACCCAUCGAUCACGCAGUUAUCGUGCGCCCUACUGCAUCCAGGUGUUCCCAGCUGCAGCACGGCCUUUUUGCAUCACAUUCUGCUCUCCGUGCCUCUUCUGGCGCGCUUCCUCACAGCGGUCACACUAGCAUUGAGCAUCCCCAAGAUCAAGAGUAUUAUUACUCAGCCUAUCUCAUCCAUUGACUCCAUCUCCAAGCGAAUCAUCAAGAUGACUGCCGUUCUUUCGGUUGCGAUUGGCGCGGCUUGGGGCAGUACCUGCAUGCUGAAUAGUACCCUACCUCGUUCGACACUAUCUACCAAGCGUUUCUUCCUGAGCGGGGCUCUAGGUGGACUGCCCUUCAUGUUCCUUAGCAGCAAUCGCAACAUCUUCCUGUACUUCUUCCGAGCUGCGAUUGACUCGGCCUGGAAGACCGGUGUGAAGCGCGGAUUAUGGAAGGGUCGUCGGGGCGGGGAUAUGUGGAUUUUGGUGGCAUCUUGGGCGGCGAUCGGCUGCAUCCUCGAAGCCAAUCCUUCAGCUGUUCAAGGUAGCGGUCUACGCAAGGGGCUGGUGUGGAUGCGAGGUGACGGAUUCGUCGAUCCCGAAGCUCUCGAGAAGCGUCGGGCAGCACGACGCGAGUCAAAGAAAGCCGAGAACCCAUAA